ACGAACCACAGAACAUUGAGUUCCGAGUGCUCGUGCGCAGCCUGGGAGUUCCGUUCCAUUGUGAGAGACGCUCGAGAGCUUCUAUGGAACGCCGAAGCAUCUGAACGCACACUGGAUCUGAUCUGAGCUGCUCGACACACUUACACCGUUCGCGUCAAGCUGGAAUUAUUUCUUUCCACCUGAAUUAUAAGAUAUCAAGAGCCUGAAGACAUGGAAUCAACAAAACAAGGAAGCGUGAUAGCCUACGUCUGCUCCUCAAGCUCCGCCCCCAGCCCGGAGUCCUGCAUGAGUGACAGCUCUAACAGCCGCUCCCCAUCAUUCCCGCCUCUGCCCAUUAAACCGAGCCACAUGACAGACCUGCCCACCGCUGGACUGCUGUCCAAACACCCACGCGGACACGCUUCUGACAAGACCCUCGCUGCCAAGAGCAGCAUCACCAAGCUUAACGGGAUGGUGCUGCUUUGUAAAGUGUGUGGAGAUGUCGCCUCGGGCUUCCACUAUGGUGUUCAUGCCUGUGAAGGCUGCAAGGGCUUCUUCAGAAGAAGCAUCCAGCAGAAUAUUCAGUAUAAGAAAUGCCUCAAGACAGAAAGCUGCACUAUUGUGCGGAUAAACCGCAACCGCUGCCAGCAGUGCCGCUUCAAGAAGUGUUUAUCUGUCGGGAUGUCCCGAGACGCUGUGCGUUUCGGACGCAUCCCGAAGCGGGAGAAGCAGCGGAUGCUCCUGGAGAUGCAGACGGCCAUGAAUAACAUGAUGAACAACAGUCAGCUGCAGCACAUGCUUCACGGCGCCAUCGACAGCAGCCAGAGCGACUCCAGCUCCUCCUUGCCGUCGCCGCCGGAAUCGCCACGCUCCUCCUCCGAUCUCUCCCGGGACUCGGAGUCAGCCGUCCCUAUGGACACAGCGUCGUCCUGUUCUUCGGACAGCGGGGAGGAAGACGCGCUGAGCACCGGACGCGUUCCUCUCGCACACGGCUCCGUAUCUCCGGCCAGCUCCGAAACGCUCAGCAGCUGCAGUAAGGAGGACGAGGAGCCGCCACGGGAAUGCUGGAGCCACUGGAACGAGAGCACCGCCACCGAUAACAACCUCCAAACCACCGCUGGACCUUACAGGGAACAUGUGACCGGGUAUCACGUGACCCAGCAGUGCCGUCGAAGCCCAGAAAACUUGCCUUACCACACAAACAACAUGAACAAAGUCCAGACUGGAGGAAGCAGAGGACACCUGGUGUGUCCCAUGAGCGCUUCCCCCUUCGUGGACCCCUGCAAGCCCGGUCAUGAAAUCUGGGAGGAGUUUUCCAAGAGCUUCAUCCCUGCCGUACAAGAAGUGGUGGAAUUUGCCAAGCGGAUCCCGGGCUUCCAGGACCUCUCCCAACACGACCAAGUCAACCUCCUCAAGGCGGGAACCUUCGAGGUGCUGAUGGUGCACUUUGUGUCGUUGUUCAAUGUGAAAGAGCGGACCGUGAGGUUCCUGAGCGGCAGGAAGUACAGCGUGGACCUGCUGCGCUCCAUGGGCGCCGGAGAGCUGCUCAACUGCAUGUUUGAGUUCAGCGAGAAGCUCACCGCCCUGCAGCUCAACGAGGAAGAGAUGAGACUCUUCUCCGCAGUGGUGCUGGUGUCUGCAGACCGAUCAGCCAUCGAGGACGUAAGCAGCGUGGAGGCCCUGCAGGAGACCCUGAUCAGAGCUCUGAGGAACCUGAUCAUGAAAAACCACUCGAACGAAGCCGCCGUCUUCACCAAGCUGCUGCUGAAGCUGCCUGAGCUGCGCUCGCUCAAUAACAUGCACUCCGAGGAGCUGCUUGCCUUCAAAAUCCAACCUUAAACCCCCUCUACUCUUUGUCUGACCAACCGGGGCUGUAAAUUUACUCUUGAAUGUAUUUAACAGGCUUUUUUACUGUUUUGUGAAUAAAGACGCAUUCGGAAUCGUUCAGGUUUUAAAGCUAUAUUAGAGAUCAUCGUGAUUUGCUCAUCACGCACAAGCAAAGGUUGUCUGCGUUUCACAUUUGUUUGUAAAACACCAGACUCUUCCUCAACAGUGUAUCAUGCUUUCAUUAUGUGCAAUAGCUGCUAACGCAUGGUUCUUCGUAUCAGAGCAGCUUUAUGUCGUAUCUUGUCCAAAAGAUUGAUCAUGUAUAUAUAUAUAUAUAUAUAUAUGAUGUAAUUUCUUUCCUGAAUGUAUGUCUGUUGCUAGCAGCAUGUUGGCAUCAUUUGAACCUGUAUAACAGGGGCAAUGCUUUUGCACGAGGUGUCGAUGAACAGAUCGGGUGCAUUCGGCUCCCCCGACACCAUAAUAACAGUGCCGAGGUGUAAUUUAUGAGCGGAGUCACUUUAAAUGGCGUUUUUCUAUAGACCACGUAUGGAGAGGUGUUAUUAGUCUUCCAUUAUGCAGCGGGAAACAUGUAUAGUGGACUUGAACAAAACUAUGAAAGAGAUGGAGUUUAUUUAUGGACGUUUGUACAGAUUGCCUUAUCACUUUUCGCCACAUUUAUGGACACGGGGAACAUUUGUUGUUUUUCUUCUCUGUAAUAAUCGCGGAGCAGGGAAACGAUGUUAAAAUCCCAGUUAUUUUGGGAUGCGCUGCUCCCGGUUUACUCUAUGCAUUUGGAAACAGCUUGACAAGAUGGACAUUUCUCAGCCUGUAACCCACAGGAAAAGGCGUACUACUCUCUCGAUCAGCUCUGGUGUGUCCAUAUUUUUUGUUUCCUUAUAAAAACAGUGCAGUAUGUAUAGUUGUGUAUAUCUAUUUGAAAUAUAUCAUUAUAAAAAAUUUUAAAAAAUCAAUAAAUAUUUACUUGUCA